AUGUCGCAUAUAUCCCUUAAAAGCUGCGGCCUGGGUGAGGGUUUCCAAUUCGACAUUUCAUCCUGUCAGACAAUUGCUGCAGCCCUGGUCUUCGCCGCUGGCGGUCUGUUUAUCACCACCAGGUGCCUCAGCUUUCUUCGAGCUCUGUUCAGUAUCUUCAUACUUCCUGGGAAACCGUUAAGCAGCUUCGGCCCGAAAGGCAGCUGGGCCCUUGUCACCGGUGGCUCAGAUGGCAUUGGAAAGGAAUUCGCCUUGCAAAUUGCCCGUAAGGGUUUUAAUGUCAUCCUCGUUUCGCGAUCCGAAUCGAAGUUAUCGGCUGUUGCCUCUGAAAUUACUUCCGCCAACCCUACAGUCCUUACCAAAACGAUCUCAAUGGAUUUCUCGAAGAACGACGAUGAGGACUACGAGAAGCUGAAGGACGCAAUCAAGGAUUUAGAUAUCUCUAUCCUCGUUAACAAUGUUGGACUGAGCCAUAGCAUUCCUGUUCCUUUCGUUCAGACACCAGAGAAGGAGAUGAAGGAUAUCAUCUCAAUAAACUGCACAGGCACUCUACGCGUAACGCAGAUCGUUGCGCCAGGCAUGAUACAAAGAAAACGUGGUCUCAUUCUGACAAUGGGGUCAUUCGGCGGUCUCCUUCCCACACCUCUCCUCGCCACAUACUCCGGCAGUAAAGCAUUCCUACAGCACUGGUCUACUUCCCUGGCCUCUGAACUAGAACCACAUAAUAUUCACGUGCAGCUUGUGCUUAGCUACCUUGUCACAUCCGCAAUGUCCAAGAUUCGAAGGACCUCUAUGACGAUCCCAAACCCCAAGUCGUUUGUUCGGUCGACACUGAGCCACAUCGGCCGGAGCGGAGGCCUGGCGACGUACUCACAUACCUCCGUGCCGUACUGGAGCCAUGCACUCAUGGCAUGGGGUAUCACUUCGUUCCUUGGUGCGAUGAGCAAGACGGUCCUUGGAGUCAAUAAAACCAUGCAUGAGUCCAUCCGGCGACGGGCACUACGCAAAGCAGAAAGAGAGGCAGGGAAGAAAAGUCAGUAG